AUGGACGCACCAAUUGACGACAGUACCAAGCGCACGGUCCAGCAGAUUCCGCUUCUCACGACCCGUGCGGGACCGCGGGAUGGCGAAAGCUGGACGAAGCGGCUGAAAGAGGAGUACUUGGCACUGAUCCAGUACGUCAAGAUGAACAAGGACGCGGACAAUGACUGGUUCACUAUCGAGAGCAACAAAACGGGCACGCGCUGGACGGGCAAGUGCUGGACGUUUUACAACGGACUGCGGUACGAGUUCGACCUCGAGUUUGAGAUCCCAGCCACGUACCCAGUGGCCAAUCCCGAGCUCUGUCUGCCAGAACUCGAAGGCAAGACGUCCAAGAUGUACCGGGGCGGCAAAAUCUGCCUCACGAUCCACUUUGCCCCGUUGUGGCAAAAGAACGUUCCGCGCUUUGGUGUCGCGCAUGCUCUCGCACUUGGUCUGGCCCCGUGGCUUGCUGCAGAAGUGCCGGACCUAGCAGAGCGUGGGCUUAUUUCGCCAGCAUAA